CAAAAUGGAACAACCCAUAAAUACAGUAAUAAAACUCUAGAAAAGUGGCACUGCAUAUAAAACGCUACUCUUUUAUGUUGACAACAUGACAUACAAGUGAAGUACGACGACGCACGACCAUAAACGAUUCAAAAUGAAGUUCGAUGACGUACUAGGAUAUCUUGGGGAUUUCGGUGUCUAUCAGAAGCGUAUAUAUUUCAUGGUUUGUCUUAUAGCAAUACCUUGCUCUAUCCAUCAACUUGCACAAGUGUUUUUAGCUGCAGAGACGGACCACUGGUGUUCCGUGGCACAACUCGAUGGUAUCGUUUGCCCGGAGUCUUGGAACCUCACCAGUGAGCAAUGCGAAAACGCAAAGCGCACAUCAAUGAUACCACCAAAGGAUGACGACUCAGAUGCUGAUAAUGACGAGCAUCAUUGCUACCGGUAUAAGAAUGCUACUGGGGAGUCUUUUCUAGCUGGGGAAGUUCCGUCACCCAGCUGGCCCCUUGAAGCUUGCCAUAGUUGGGAGUACGAUACCACCCAGUACAAGACCACUAUUAUUCAUGAGUGGGACCUUGUCUGUAGCGACAAGUCAAAGCCAGCCCUCUCACAGUCCAUUUUCUUUGGCGGAGUUCUAUUUGGGUCCGCUGUGUUUGGAAGUUUGGCUGAUUGGUUUUCUAACACAGAAUAUGUUCCAGCACUACCCAAUUGUUUAGUGUUAGAGGAACCGGCGCUGGGUUGGUGCUAUGAUUCUUACAACCGUCACUGGACCGAGGCCACUUCUGACGAGAGUCUGAAGCUGUGCCACAUUUGGACUGACCCAGGAACUGAAUUUGUCGGACCGUCAAGAAGGACAUUUGCUGGAAUUGCUAUUGAGUUCUUCUGGGCCUUUGGUUAUAUGGCAUUUGCUGGUAUAGCGUAUUUCAUACGGAAAUGGAGGAUCUUAGCGAUCGUGAUAUCUGUUCCAAGCUUAGUAUUCUUCGCGUAUUAUCCGUUCAUUCCUGAGUCCGUUAGAUGGCUGUUGAGUCAAGGUAAGGUAAAGGAAGCCGAACGAAUUAUCAAAAAAGCUGCGAAAGUAAACAAAGUCACACUUCCAGAAAAUAUAUUCGAUGAAAAAUAUUUGAAACAGGAAAACGUUGAAGAUGCUCCAAAACGAGGAACUGUAAUUGACUUGUUCAGAACACCUAACAUGUGUAAGAAAACGCUCAAUUUAUUAUUCAACUGGUUUGUCAACAGUAUGGUUUACUACGGACUAUCAUUGAGCACGUCUGAUCUUGGUGUUGAUGAUUACAUUGCAUUUUUUGUGUCUGGCGCCAUUGAGAUUCCAGCCUAUGUUCUUUCUAUAUUUUUUAUUGACUAUUGGGGAAGAAGAUUGAACCUCUGCGGUACCCUGGUGCUAGGGGGCGUUGCCUGUCUUCUUACAAUUUUAACACCAAUUGGAGUUGCCCGCACAACUGUAGCUAUGAUCGGUAAAUUCGGUGUAACAGCAUCUUUUGCCAUCGUUUACAUCUAUUCGGCUGAAAUCUACCCAACGCCUGUCAGGAGUGUUGGAAUGGGUCUGUCUUCAGUUGCUGCGAGGGUAGGGGGUAUCCUGUCGCCUUUCAUCUUGGAAAUUGAAAGCCUCUGGAAACAUCUCCCGCUCGUGAUAUUCGGCUGUUCAUCAAUAGCAGCUGGAUUGUUGGCGUUAUUCCUUCCUGAAACAAACGGCAAACAACUUCCAGAGUCUCUUGCAGAAGGAGAAAAUUUUGGAAAGGAAAACAGUAACAGUAAAAUUGCUACGCCAUUAGACGUGAACAUCGAGGUGAAAUCUGGCGAAGAAAAUCCUGGUUACGACAAAGCCGACGACAAGGUUUAAUGCGCAUGACUGCCUACAAAGACGUGAUAACGAUUAGGCGCGUCCAUGACAGCAUAUUGUAUAAUUAAAAUAAAGUACAAUGUGAAUAAUAUCGAUUUUUAAUAUUGUCUAUAAAACAUGUUUUAAACAUUUAAAACUAUUUUACUAAUUUAGUAUCCCAUGAUGCAAUCUGCUUUUUAUACGUUUUUUUUUUUUUUUUUUUUUUUUUUUUUUUCCCCGCCUGGGGCGGAUUGUUAUAAAACGUAGUCUUAACUCUUGUGAUAAAGCCGGCUUUAUCACUUAGACGGUCUUACUAAAGUCAUUCCUCUAAGACUAUUGCUAUAAAACAGUCUUCCCAAAGACCGCUUUGAGUAUUGAAACGCAAACAAGCACUCCCUGGUAACGUAAGAUUGAGGGCGACGUCAUGCGCGCUCGACGCACUCAAAUGUAUCGAAAUGAACGUAAAUAAACGCCGUAGACCUAUUUUUACAGACGUUGUGCGGAGUAUUCGUCGUUCGAUUAUCCGACUUUGACGAUCUAGGCCUAGGUAUUGCCAUUGCAUCGUUUAAUUAAUCAGCAGAACGCCAUGAUGAAAAUGAUUUUAAACCGUUUUAAGCCUCCACCGAGUAGGCUUUAACAUUUAAGACGGCUGACUGGUUAGACAGCGGUAUAGCAAUGGUCUAUAAUCAUAGACCAGUAGUGACGUCACGAAUAUAGCCGGCUAACCGUUAAGACCGUCUAAAGACCGCUUAUAGCAAUCCGCCCCUGAUCUGAAGUAUAAAAAAAAGAUUGUUUUUGUGUAGUUUGAUGUGAAUUUUAAUAUGUUACUUAAUUUAGGGUAUAACAUUUGCAUCCAUGCCUCAAAGAAUUGUUUCUGUUCUUUUGUAUCUCAUAUUUUUCAUAACAAAUUUUAUAAUAAAAAUAAUAAUAAUAAUAAUAAUAUUAAUAAUAAUAUAAUAAUAAUAAUAAUAAUAAUAAUAAUAAUAAUAAUAAUAAUAAUAAUAAUAAUAAUAAUAAUAAUAAUCUAUUACAGAAAUAAAUAAAUGCAUGUUAUACAAUAUUGGAUGUAAUGUGUUAUACGUCCAUGGCAGUAAAAUGAUAUAAUUUGUUUCUUUUUUUGUUGUUUUAAAAUAAUUUACAAACCCAAAUACGGCAGAUUUCUUUUUAUGGCUUUGGAAAAUAGAAACCCGGGCAACUUUAAUUGUAUGAUUACCCUCAUGUACUCAAUAUAAGAGAUAAAGGCGGAAAUAUUGAGCUUCCGGAAAUGGA